AUGUAUUGGACACUAUCGGUGAAUACAAAACACACUUUUCCCUCUCUCUCUCUCUUUCUCAGUGAUGAAGUACGCAGACAAUAUUGUGAAGAGUCCAGUGCUGGAAAUGCAAAACAAGUGGAUCUUUUUGGGCAGGACUUGAUUGGAGAUCUGUUGGAUGCACUAAUAUCUGUUCUGACUAAUGCUUCUUCCUUCAAUGAAAAUUCAUCUGAGCUUGACCUUUUUGCUGAUGCAAGUUUUGUUUCGGCACCUCCUUCGGUAGAAUCAUCUGAGAAGAAGGUAGAUCUAUUUGCUUCUGCACAUGCUGUCUCUUCUGCAGUUUCUGCACAGGUUGACCUCUUUGCUGCGCCAGCUCCGGUUACUCAACCUGAAACCAAGCCCAUACAAUCUGUUCCCACUAACCCUAUAGUGGAUCCAUUUCUUCUUUGUUCCACGAACAAUUUUGACAGCUCUAAUCCUUUUGGCUCAUUCACUUUCAGUUCUGAUUCAACAUCAGCAGGACCUUCCCAAAACCCCGUCGAUGAUUCCAACAUGAGUGACUCAAGUAAGAAAGCUUCAGCUAUCUUGAAUCCACAACCAAAGAAGGACGCAUUCCAUGUCAAGUCUGGAAUUUGGGCAGAUUCCCUCAGCCGUGGACUGAUUGAUCUUAAUAUAUAUGCUCCCAAGAAGGUUUCACUUGCAGAUAUGGGUGUAGUUGGUGGGCUAAGUGAUGAUUCGGAUGAAAAGGGAUAAGGGUCCCCCAACUUCAUUUUACAUGGGAAGAGCCAUGGGUAUAGGGACUGGUCUUGGUACGUCUGGUUUUACAUCAUCACAAGCGACCGGUGGAGACGACUUCUUCUCAAGCUUUGCUAGCCAAUCUCAGUAUGGUAGCUUCAAGAAAUAAUUCGUCCAUUCUUUCCCUUUUCUUGUUUGACUUCUCAUUUUUUUGUCUUGAGAGUAUUCACCAAAAGUAUAUUGUCUCAAGAGAAACGGUUUGGGGUUUCUUCUGUGCGGACACUGAACAGCAUUUCUGGUAUGAUGUUGUAAGUAUUAAGAGUCGAUGAAUGCCGUGGAAAGGUAACUUGUGUGAAUUGGAUGGUUG